AUGGACGUGUCUGCCCCAGUGAGACCGCCCUCCAGCUCGCGCCCUACGCAAGCCUAUUACGUGCCGCGUCGUCUACUGGAGGGUGGUCGCGGUCCGUAUGCGGGAAAUGAGGGGAAACCCUCUCAAGAUACUAUCACCAAUCCGUAUACACCGCCAAACACGACAAAGUCACGACCAAACACUGAGGUGCGUACACCGUCGAGCAAAACCGUCGUCAAAACAUACAUCGAGCCGCGUCCGCUAAUGGCCGAUUUACUGCCAAAGCCCGAUUCUCUUAAGGAGAAACGUCGUGCACCUCGCUACAAUCCACCGCAACCUCCGGCUGCAUCGCUUACUUCACCGCCUCGAAAAAAUCCUGCAGCUCCACCGCAACCAUUCGCUCCAAGAAUUGUCAAUGGACCACGUGGCCCACUUUCACGUCCCAACGCUUUCUGUUCGGUGCCUUUCCCACAGAAAGACGUCUGCAUCUGUGAUCGCCCUAAGACUCACGUCAUUUGCAAGCGAUGUGGCUACGAAUGCAUUGGACGAGUUCAGCUGGUGUGCGAUGUACAUCCAACCAUACUCUCGUUAAUGGACAUGCGAGAGUGUGCUAAUCCCAUCUGUAGGAGUAUACAGAUAUUUGAAUCGUUUACACUAAACGACAACAACAACGAUGACGACAAAUUCGCCACCACCGCCGAGAUUCUACCGUAA